UGGUCUGGUCCCGUCUCGGAGCUUUAGGGGCUGCACCCGGGGUGCCGCUGCUGACCGCGCCGACACCAUGAAGGCUCAGCCCGCGGCAGCCUCCAUCUUCUGCCUGUGCCUGGUGCUGGCGGCCUCCGCAGCCUCCGCCGCGGAAGGGCUCGGAAAGGGUUUUGGAGACCAUAUUCAUUGGAGAACACUAGAAGACGGGAAGAAAGAGGCAGCAGCCAGUGGUUUGCCUCUUAUGGUUAUCAUCCACAAGUCUUGGUGUGGAGCUUGCAAAGCUUUAAAGCCAAAGUUUGCUGAAUCCAAGGAGAUCUCUGAACUUGCUCAUAAUUUUGUUAUGGUCAACCUUGAGGAUGAUGAAGAGCCAAAGGAUGAAGCCUUUAGUCCUGAUGGAGGUUAUAUUCCCAGAAUCCUUUUCAUGGACCCCAGUGGAAAAGUCCACCCAGAAAUCAUAAAUGGGAAAGGAAACCCCAGCUACAAGUAUUUCUAUACUAAUGCUGAUCAAGUUGUCCAAGGGAUGAAGGAGGCCCAGGAGAAGCUAACAGGUGAUGCUUUCAAACAAAAACACCUGGGAGAUGAACUAUAAUGAAUACACUGAAUGAUGCUUUCCCAUCACUUCAAAACUCUAAAAGGAAAUGAUUAAACAGACCAAGAAUGUAGAUGCACUGGAGGGACAUAAUUCUCCUGUCAACAAUGUUAGGUUAAAUCCUGUUUGGAGUUCACACACAUGCAUCAAUUACAGUGUUACCUCCUCCUUUGCCUGGCAGUUUGUACUGUAAUGGUUAUUUGCAACUAGGUAAUGUGCAAACACACCAUUUUUUGUGUUUGAGCAACAACUAAUGUUUGGUGUUAAAAGGGAGGUGCGUAGGGCAAAACAUUCAUUUGAGGACAAACAGUGUGAUUGGAGUAACUAGAAGUAGCCAACAUUUUGACGCUGAAUCAGGGUUGGAUCCCUCUUUUCUCACUGGUAUUAUGUGAUCCCAUUGUUUUUACUGGGGAUUCCUAUGAAUGGGGCAUGUUCCUGGGCCAGGUGUUUUCUAGACAUCCCAAACCAUGAAUUCUGCCACUAAGCCAAGUAGAAUAAAUUUCGUAGAUGUCCAAGUAGCAUGUGAAAUUAUUAGCUCUGCAAACACAUUUUUGUGAAAACUGUGUAUGAUUCAUCUUUAUUUGCCUUUGGGCAGAAAUUUAACUUUUUCCUUGUGCACUCACCUUUUGAUUGUUUUAUCAAGUGAGGGUGGGUUAUGUUCAAGCUUUACGGGAAUCCCCCUGUUAUUCUUUGAAUGUUUUUUGGCGAAUGCUUUGCCAUCACAUUGUACUGUAUUUUUGUACCGGGAUGAAAAUUAAAUCUUUUUAA